AUGACAGAGCUGAAGCUUGCUCCCGAUGUCGUUCAAGAGGAUAGCCCUACCAUCGUAAUUGGACAAGAAGAAGAGGAAUUGAGUAUGAAACAUUUUGGGGCACUCUUGACGGGUAGGUCCCCUCUGUGCAUUCGCCGAGAUGAUAUGACAGGCGUGCCCGUGGCGGCUGGUGUAGCUACAGCACGCUUCACGUUUCGGCGCCGCCAUCUUUUCUGGUCUGUGCUACUGGGACCUUCUAUGGUCACCCAGCCGAGAGCUCUAGCGUUUUUGGAUAGAGGGGGACGUAUGCUAUUGGAGCAUCCGUUGAAGAAGUCUCCGGGUAUACAUGCUACGUACGAGGAUAAAACGGAUAAGCUAUGUGGUGUGUGGCGCAGGGUUCCACGAGAGUACAAACGUUUGCUAAGAGAAGGCUCCCUUUACGUGGCUCUCAUAUGGGGAGAUGAGAGGAAUAAUUCCAUGGAUAGUGCUCUUAGUGGUCGGAUUAGCAGAUACCCAGCUCUGUCAACAGAGAUGUUCACUUCGCUUCUAGAGCCGGAGAAUGCGCCAGUAUCUAUCGGCAACGGCGCAUGCGACGACUACCGCGUGCCCGGCCAGGAGGAGGGCUGGUGGGGCGGCACCGCCGUCGUCACCGGGGCGGCGGGGGCGGCGCCCAGCCUGCACCUGGCCAUCGUGUUCAACGGCGUGUUCAAACCGGGCUCGAGGGACCAGGCGAUACGCGUGCUGCUCACGUUGCCGGAGAAGAAUCAGACUAUCAUUGAUGAGAUCCAAAAAAUGAACAAGCCGAGCUACGAGUUCAACGUGAUAGAAGUGUCGACGCCGGUAUCGGCCGCGGAGCUGCGGUCGCUGGCGCGCGGGCGGCUGCUGCUGUCGGUGGAGAGCCUGAGCAGCCCCGAGCGGCGCGUGGCGGGCGCCGUGCGGCAGCGCGCCGCCUGCGAGCUGUUCCACGCGCCGCUCGUGGCCGAGCGCCUGCCCGCCGCGCCCGUGCCCGAGGGGCUGGCGCUGCUCUACAUCGACAAGGAUGGCUCGCUCGUCUAUGAUAUACAAAUAGACAAUCUCGGUCUCGCAGAUCCAAAGAUAACCCUUGUGGAAGAGCAAGGCAAACGUCAUUCCCAAGUUGAAAUAUUGGACACGCGGAUGGGAGUACUAGCUCGACCUAGUGCUAGAAUAUUCCCUCCGCUUUACGAGGACCAGCUCGCGGUGCACAUCGGAUCUGAUACUGGUCCACCUCUCCUCCGCGGAAGACUAUUAUCCCGUUCGCUCCCUGACGCCGCGGGAUCUGGUCCAGCGCUGCUGCGGCGCACUGAUGCUCGUCUUCCGCCAUCCGCUACACCUGUCGCCGGGCUCGCCUGGAUCUCUGUGGAUGCUCUUUGUGGGAUUAAUUAUGAAGUAUUCGUAAACGGCUACAACGGCGCCUGGUCGUCCUGGCUCGAGGGUCACGCGAUCGGCAGCACGGGACCUCGGGCGCUCUCAGGGUCAGAGGGUUCCAUACUGGAGCCGAGCCCCUCGGAACUGGCGGCUCUGCACGCUGGGGCUGCGUACCUCAAUAUACGGGCGGCGGAUAAUGGCACUGAAUUCAUGCGCACGCGGUUACCUCAGAUAAGCGUGCCGCCGUCGUGUCUGCCCGCGGUCCCGUACACCGCGGACAACGAGCUGAGCGCGCCGCGCCCGCCGCCGCCCGACAACUCGCUGUCCAACACCGCCUCCUGCUUCUACGCGGGACGCUCGUAUGAGGACGGCGCGCAAUGGAUGGCGACAGAGUCGUGCCACAUGUGCGGGUGCGUGCAGGGUGCGCUGCGCUGCGACCCCGUGCGCUGCCCGCCCGCGCCCUGCGCCGCGCCCGCGCUGCUGCCGCCCGGACAGUGCUGCCCCAUCUGCACCAACUCGACGACGGCGGUGUGGAACGAGUCGCACGGCUGCCACCUGGCGGGGCAGUACCACGCGCCCGGGUCCUCGUGGCACCCGUACCUGGUGCCGGGCGGGUACGACACGUGCGCGGUCUGCACGUGCGACUUCGCCACGCGCCAGGUCAAGUGCCCGCGGGUCAAGUGCCCGCCGCUGCGCUGCGCCGAGAAGGACGCCUACCGACCCGAUAAGAAGUCUUGCUGUCGGGUCUGUCCCGAGGUGAAAGCAAAGAAAGUGGAGGAAGAGACGCCCAAAGACCAGGGCGCGCCGCGCACGGCGGAGGAGAUCCUGGCGGAGGGCGGCUGCAAGUUCCCCGACGGGCCGCUGCCCAACGGCAAGGAGGUGCACCCCUCCAUACACUCGCACGGCGAGCAGCGCUGCGUCACCUGCCGCUGCAAGGACGGCGAGGUGACGUGCGUCCGCAAGCGCUGCAACCGCGCGGCGUGCGCGCGGCGGCGGCGCGGCGACGCGUGCUGCGCCUGCGCGCGCCACCGCCGCCAGCGCGCGCCGCGCCCGCCCAGCUGA